UGCCCCCAUGCGCGAAAGGCUGUGUCCCUGCCUGUUUCCCACCUGUGAGUGUGUGAAGAAGGAAUGUCCAGGAAUGUGAGAGGGAGGCUGGGACAGUGCCCAUGGGAAGGCCGCUCAGAGACAACCCGCCAGACAACACCCAAAACCACCCUGAAGUGGGUGUGGCCAAGGAGCUCUCAGCCAGUCCAGGCGACCAAUCAGAAACCAGCACCACGCUGGACCUGACGAAUGGCUUCUCCCCAGAUGCACCCAAGCCCCCACUAGCCCCACAUGACCUGGAGCUGCUCCCUAGCCCCACACUCCCCCCUCCUCCUCCUCCUCCUCCUCCGACCAUGCCUCCCCCACUACCCCCCAGCGUGCCCCCCCCGCCUCCACCCCUCCCACCCAAGGACACCCCUCCCCGGCCCACCACCCUGCUGCUCAGACAGUCCAGCGGGCAGGAGAACGGGCCGCCCCCCAGGCAGGACCCGGACGUGGAGGAGGAGAAGAAGCUGCUGGAGGAGGAGCUGCAGAAGUGCAUCGAGGAUUUCCGGAGGAUCCGCAUCCCCCAGCUCUUUCCCGACCGGAAGAGGCACUGGCAGAGCGAUCUGCUCCGGAAGUACAAUGCCUAGUGGGAGUGGGAGUGGGAGUGGGAGGGGGGGGGUCUUGCAUACAGCAUGGCAUCCCCUUGCUUAGCUCACCCCCCCGCAGCUCCCUGCUUGCUCUAGGGAAGACUCCAGGCUGCAGCUGGGGGCCAAUCUGGGAAUACUCUUCCUCUCGCCCCCUUCUCACAGGCAAUCUUAGCUGUUCGUGCUUGUAUCCCUCGUUCCCAUGAAGAGGUCAGCUGCCAUUCAUUAGACAAAGGAUAAAGUGCUGGUGCAGCACCAAACUCCUGUCGGGAUCGUCCGGCCUCUCCGCACUCUGCCGCAUAGAAGCUCAGCCCACUGGGCCAGCUCUGCUCUGCUCAGCUCAGGUCAGUGCGGACACAGCCUCCACUGUCCGGUCCAGCCGGACCACGAAGGCUCCUAUUGUAAGGCACUCCGAGCCAUUUCAGGUCUUACGGCACGCUUUCGCCGAAACGUCUGAUGAGGCCGUGUGUAAAUGAACUAUAUUAAACAGCAUUUCAGACAUCUCAAGUCUGCCGGAAAUCAGCCUCUCCUCCCUGACGCCCGUAAGUGAUCCAUAAUCCCCCGGAAAUCGCCCCCCGCAUUUUUCUCAAAUCCGCUAAAACGAGCCGCAUCUCUGUACAACGAAAGUAUGCAAAGAAAGUGAGAUUAUUCAACUGGACUGGUGAGUUAUAGUAUUUAUAGUGUAGUGUAUUGCAUAUUUCAUAUAGUAUCUAUCAGCGAAUUAUUUAAUUAUAUAGCUGUGAUUUGUUUUUUUCAAGGGGGACUUUGAAAAAGUGCGCAAGUUUUCAUGGGAGGGACGACCCCUCCCUCCCUGAAAUCAGUUUUUUUUUAAAGUUGGGAUGCAGAUGACCGACUAAUGCCACCGGCUUGAAAACACUGAGGAUCCGAAGAUGGCUUGUAUACAUAAAUAAAACCUCAUUUGACCAAACCGUUGUGCGAUGGAUGUCUAUGCCAUUUCUCUGUUAUAUUGUACUGACUCGGCACCAGACUAACGCUUGACACACUAAUCCAAACAGGCCAGUUCUCCGAAUUCCAGAGAACAGCCUAAGCGCACCAUCUGAUCCGUAUGACGCAAACUGUCUGUCUAAAAAGUGCUGCUUCGCAUCUGUUUAUCUUACGCUCAUACUUCAGCCCGCGCGGUGUUUGACCAUCAUCUGGCUGAAGCUCAAACGAGUUAAAGGCGUUUAAAAUAAGAUGUCGUUUUUUCGCUCAAAAAAUGUAUUAAAUUUCACCCAAAGUUUUUUUUUUCUCAUUGACGGAACAUAAAUUAGUCGGGUUCGGGGCAGGCAGCUCGAAAACUCGUUCGUGUUUCGCUCCCGAUCAGAUCGGUUUCUUCAGCUUUUGCUUUACGCUUCCGAGAGAAGAGAGUCGUUGAUAUUACUGACUUCUUAUAGUUUAUAUUCCAUACUGGACAAUUAACGACUUCAUCUGAAUUACUAGUUCUCCUAAUUAGUAUGUGAUACCACUGCUUCCAGCUCUCUGCUCGCUGACGAUUAGAAAUUCGCUUUAAAAAGCAGGUGGACCGCAGUUCUCCAGAACCAGGAGUGUACACCCCUGACCUGCAGAGACGAGUGGUGAGCAGGAAGACCGUAAUCAGCUGCAGGGUCUGUAUAAGUAUUGUGUUAAUGUGGAGAUAAGGUCGCACGUUAAAAGCUGGAUUCUUGCUGUUUCUCAUUCUCAGAACAGAGGCUGAAAUCGGCCGUGAUAGCAAGAAUACUUUUCAGGACAACUCUUGGUCACAGGCCACGCAGAAACAUAUACACCUAGAUUCCUGGAAAAAAUGCAGCCAAAAUCCGAGUGGAUUUCCAAAAAUUUGGGAAUCACAUGGGAAAGGUGCUGCACAACUCUGUCCCAUGUCCCGAUUGUAGAAAUUGCAGAGGACUUUUUUUUUAAUUUGCAUGUGUAUUAGAAGCUUCUUCUCUUACAGCCUUUACUGAAAGAUUGGCGUGUGUUGGUGUGAGCUCUGAGAGGUCACCUUGUCUAAACAGGUCCCAGCAUUCAUCAACCUGGGAGUGGAAAGGAUAGCCACAUCCCAGUAAAGAGGAGCUGUCCGUGUAGCGUAAAGAUUGUAUAAGAGAAACACCGCUGUAUCUACACUACCAGCAUGACUGAUCCGUUGAGCCAUGAAUAUUUCAUUGAUCUUUGCAGCAGCACAUUGAAAUAGCAGCUAGGUCUAAGACUGUAGCACACUGUCAACAGAAGUAAUUUUCCAGUAGUGUUUACUAGAUGUAUGCAAUUUACAACAAAUAAACCAUAUCCUACCAAAAACAUGU